AUGUUCUCCACGGCCACUUCAUACAAGAACCAGCAUUACUCUGAGCUGAAGAGGAAAUGUCUGGAGGACAAUAAACUGUUUGAGGAUCCAGAGUUUCCUGUCACCAACGCAUCCCUGUUUUACAGAAAACAACCUCCUGGUAUGGUGGAGUGGAAGAGACCAAGGGUGAGUGACUGUGACGGCUAAACAGAGCACUUGACUCAUUAUCAACGUUUCUAUUAGAUUUUCUAUUCACCUGACCAGUCAUUUUUAUUUCAGGCAGAUUUUACCAAGGAAAAAAUAUACCUGUGCUUUAUUUUUUGUCUAUUAGCUUAAUACCAGAAGCAGAAUCUGUAUGCAAAAACAUGAAACAGGAAAUAGAAUGUCACAAGCUUUAAUGGCUCACUGAAACUAUGUAUUGUUCAUGUUUUUCCUCAUAGUUUUUAGGAAAUGUUAUUGCUUAAAAUACCAAUUUAUAGUUUGCUGUUGAUUAGUCAAAAUUAAAGCUUAGACACGUGUUAUAGAGUACUUUCUGGGAUCAGAGCAUGGCCUUCUUCUGGUGCAAUAUUGAAACCAAAUAUGUCAUGUCUAUGGUUUAAUUUUCAUGUGUGCUGACUUUUACAAUACUUUUACAAGACCUCUGGCAUUGAUAUACAAACAGUAUGACUGUGUUACAGUGGCUUGCGAAAGUAUUCACCCCCCUUGGCAUUUUUCCUAUUUUGCCUUACAACCUGGAAUUAAAAUGGAUUUUUGGGGGGUUUGUAUCAUUUGAUUUACACAACAAGCCUACCACUUUGAAGAUGCAAAAUACAUUUUUUGGUGAAAUAAACAAGAAAUAAGACAAAUAAACAGAAAACUUGAGCCCCCCCCCCCCCCCCCCCCCCCCACCCAUUCUUCAAGGCAAAACUGAGAGGUGUUGGGAAAUAGCGUUUUCCUUGAUGGUCAAAAAGCUCAAUUUUAGUCUCAUCUGACCAGAGUACCUUCUUCCAUACGUUUGGGGAGUCUCCCAAAUGCCUUUUGGCGAACACCAAACGUGUUUGCUUAUUUUUUUCUUUAAGCAAUGGCUUUUUUCUGGCCAGUCUUCUGUAAAGCCCAGCUCUGUGGAGUGUACAGCUUAAAGUGGUCCUAAUGACAGAUACUCCAAUCUCCGCUGUGGAGCUUUGCAGCUCCUUCAGGGUUAUCUUUGGUGUCUUUGUUGCCUCUCUGAUUAAUGCCUUCCUUGCCUGGUCCAUGAGUUUUGUUGGGCAGCCCUCUCUUGGCAGGUUUGUUGUGGUGCCAUAUUCUUUCAAUUUUUUAAUAUUGAAUUUAAUGGUGCUCCGUGGGAUGUUCAAAGUUUCGAAUAUUUUUUUAUAACCGAACCCUGAUCUGUACUUCUCCACAACUUUGUCCCUUACCUGUUUGGAGAGCUCCUUAGUCUUCAUGGUGCUGCUUGCUUGGUGGUGCCACUUGCUUAGCAGUGUUGCAGACUCUGGGGCCUUUCAGAAUAGGUGUAUAUAUACUGAGAUCAUGUGACACUUAGAUUGCACACAGGUGGACUUUAUUUAACUAAUUAUGUGACUUCUGAAGGUAAUUGGUUGCACCAGAUCUUAUUUAGGGGCUUCAUAGCAAAGGGGUUGAAUACAUAUGCACGCACCACUUUUCCGUUAUUUAUUUCUUAGAUUUUUUUUUAUUCAUUUUUUAUUUUUUCAUUUCACUUCACCAAUUUUGACUAUUUUGUGUACGUCCAUUGCAUGAAAUCCAAAUAAAAAUCAAUUUAAAUUACAGGUUGUGAUGCAACAAAAUAGGAAAAACGUCAAGCGGGAUGAAUACUUUUGCAAGGCACUUAUGGCAUUUGGCCAUACAUAGGGAUUGUGAAAGGUGUUGUCUGCCAGGUUUUAUAUAGGCUCAUACAAUAUUUUGUGAUGGAGUACUUCAAAGGUUAAUGCCUUUUGAAGGGUUGCCUCUGAGGAUUGUGUUAAAGGUUGAGUGUCAUCCACAAUACUCAUGGUGGUGACAGACAGCAAAUUGUGUUGUGAAACUGGGGUGAGGGUGGUGUUGGGAUGUGUCUCAAAGUGUAUACUUUACAUAGUGUGUGAGAUAUAUGACAAUAAUGUCAGAGAAAAACAAAAAUUAAAUCUAUGUUUGUAUAGCUGCCAUUCUGUUCAAAGGAGGAAGACAGAGUUAUAUAAUUCCUGUUUAAUGUGUUACUGUAUCUGUUCUCUGUACAGAUGUUGGAACUUAAUUUGAGCCAGCUUAAUACAGCAGGAAAAUAAUCCUGCAGCAACAGGAAAUGUGAAUUAUUAUGUGCAUAAAAUCAAGUCUGAAAUUUCAAAGUGGAAAUUACUAACUUUAGAAGCCUUUAAAAAAAACUAAAAUACACUACAACUUUGCAUUUCCUGCUUUGCAGGAAAAUGAUCAGCAACAAAAGAGUGAUCAAAUUAAGAUCCUGCAUCUGUAUGGCAUGUUGCCCAAGUGACAAGAGAAAACACAAUUUCUUAUUUAUAACAACAGUACACCUCAAGAGAGUUCCAACUCAUUUAAAAAGAAAACGUACUCUAAGCCAGAACUAUUUUCCAAGGAUUUGCGACUAUUGUUACAAGUAUAACUUAUUACUAAGCACAUUCUAAGGUAUUUUAAUUUUUCACAUGGAACAUGGAACAUUUUACCUCACAAUUUCACAUUUUACCACCCCUCAUCAUAACUUGUCAACAACAUUUUCUUUCUCUGCUACAGGAGAUCAGUGAUGGGCCUCAUCUCUUUGUGGAGGGCAUCAGCUCCCAUGACUUGAACCAGGGGCUUUUGGGUAACUGCUGGUUCGUGGCGGCAUGCUCCUGCCUGGCACUGAAGCCAGACCUCUGGCAGAAGGUGAGUUUGGUUUCCUCCUGUCUGGUCACACAGUCUGAGAUGAGUGUCACAAGAGCAGACUAUGUGUGUAUUUCCGUGCGUAUUAGUUUCCUUUAUCAGUCCUUCCUUAGUCACCUUAUGGGGGAAUACAUGGUGCUGUUUGGGAAGGAACACAUCAAAUCAAGCUUUAUUUAUAUAGCACAUUUCAGAUGCAACGCACAGGUAAAAAACAGAAAUAAAAAUACAAUGAAAAUAAAAAACUGAAAUAUUUACUACACAGCAAACAGAAGAGGAUAAAAAAACUAAAGAAUAACAAAAACGGAAAGACUAAAAAUAAAUAGUCAAUGAAAAUAAAAACAGAAAUAUUUACUACACAGCAAACAUAAGAGGAUAAAGCCUGCUUGUAAUAAAAGCAUGGAUGAGUCUCUUUGUAUCAGCCUGAGAUAGAAACUGACACACCUUAGCGAUGUUCCUCAGGUGGUAAAAAGCUAUUUUGGUCACAUUCCUAAUGCAGGGGCGGUGUGUUCAUUAGGGCGAUAUGGGCGACGCACUGCCAAACGGGAAAAGGAAGGGAUUUUUUUUUCUAAUCAAUUAUAUCACGGCAACAGUAGUUAUCAGUGUUCUAAUCUAGACGUCUGAUCUGCCACUAAAUGUCCAAUCAGGCUAAAGUCGUGCUUCAAAUGGCCCCGCCCCUUUUGGGGCGAUUUCAGUCAGGUUGAAAAUCGCCCAGGAGUCUUUCAUAGACUAUCAUGUAAAAUAUUUUUGUUUUCAAAUAUCAGAGCUUUCAAUACAAUCUCUAUGGGUUCCGGGAGGGCUUGCACUUACGCGCUUUCGUCAUACGUAACAUAAGUAACCAUGAACAUAACUAAGAAAAGAGCGGGUAGCAGCGUCAAUCAAUUCACGUACAACUGUCAAGAUGGCUAGCUUUGCGAGGCAAAGAUGAAACUGAGGGCUCCACCAACCCUGGUAUUUUUCUUGGACUUGUCAACUUUGUGGCACAAUUAGAUGAGGUGUUUGAUGACCAUCUUAAAAAUGCUAAAGUUUUCAAGGGCACAUCAAAGACCAUUCAAAACGAGCUACUGGAGUGUAUGCUAGCGGUCAUGAGGGAACAUAUUGUGGAGGAGGUGAAGUCGGCGAACUUCGUAGCUAUCCAAGCUGACGAGACCACGGACGUUUCUACACAGACACAGCUGGUGCUUGUGCUGAGGUACAUAGAUAGCAACCACAAAGUGCAGGAGCGCUUUUUUGAGUUCCUUCCCAUCUCGGAAUCAACUUCAGUCUCAAUCGCCAGUGUGCUUUUGGAGAGACUGAACGGUCUUUUUGCCGACAACGAGAAAGUCAAACUCAUUGCGCAAUCUUACGAUGGAGCCAGUGUGAUGAGGGGAGAGAAGGCUGGUGUGCAGCAAAAUGUGCGUGAGCAUUUCAAGAAUGCCCAUUACGUGCAUUGCUAUGCGCAUCAGCUGAAUUUGAUCAUGCAGCAAGCUAGAACAGUUUCAGUACAAGUAAUGUAGCCUCUCUCUCUCUUUGUCCCUCCCUGUCUGUCUCUUUAACACACACACGCCCAAAUCAGUUCACAGUUGAUGUUGUUUAAAAUAGUUAUUUUUCAUUUUAAAAAAAGUAAAAAAAAAAAAAAAAUAUGUUCAUGUUCAUUUUUACAAAUCUAUACAAUUGGCCAGAAUAUGGUUGUUCAUAUUUACAAAUCUAUACAAUUGGCCAGAAUAUGGUUGUUCAUUUUUACAAAGCCAUACAGAUAGCUGUGUUUACCUUUUCUAGAAAUUAUUUUCAAAUUCUGUUUUCAGGCAAAAUGUCUAUCACUGUUCAUUUUCACAAAUCUAUACAAGAGGGCAGAAUAUGGAAGUCUAUAAAAAUUUCUUAUUACCAAUAACUUGCAUCAAUGUUUUCAGUAGCUCUAUCAAAAGCUCCUGCUUGCUUGUUGUGAAUUAUGCUCAGGUGCACAUAUUUCCAAUUCAACCAUGAGGCCUUUUUUAAGCAAGUAAUGUGUAUAUCAGUAUUGACUUAUAUGCUGCCCCUGUUGUUGCUGGACAUAUCUUUUUUUAAAUGUGUGUAGGUCACCUAAAUCAUCAGAAAAAUUGCCCCCCCUGAGAAUUUUUUCAGGAGCCGCCACUGCUAAUGUGUGAAUCGAAAUUGAGCAGAUAAUGUCUAUGAAGUAUGUGGGUGGAUGUCUGUGUGCCAUUUCAUGCUGUUGAUACUUGACUCACAGUUCAUGUAACUUAGUUCACGUUAGGAAUUCACCUGAGGGGCUUUUAACUCCCAUUGAAAGGAAAAGAGUGUUAUCUUUCCUUCUUAAAUGACCAUUACCACUCAGAAACAUUCAACUUUUCCUUAUUCAAGCCUGGCUGGGAAAGAUACUACUUGCCUACAUCCCCACCCAAGUUUAAAACUAUUCACAUUUGACUAGACAUGUGAUUCACUAUGAAGCCCUGUGUUUUGACAGGUCAUCCCUAACUGGAAGGAGCAGGAGUGGGACUCCAAGCACCCUGAGAACUACACUGGCAUCUUCCACUUCCAGUUCUGGGUGUUUGGGGAGUGGGUGGACGUGGUGGUGGAUGACCGCCUGCCCAGCAUCAACGGAGAGCUCAUGUACUGCCACUCCAAAGCCAAAAACGAGUUUUGGAGUGCCCUGCUUGAGAAAGCCUAUGCCAAGUCAGUAUACUGUAACAUUUCUCAUCCUUUGACCCAUUUCUCAACCCUUGAAUCAUGACUCUCAACCCUUGAAUCAUAAAUCAUAACCUUUCGUACCCUCUAACCUCUCUGUAUCUUCUCCGGACUCGCCUCUCUCUCCUCUUGUCUCCAGGCUCUCUGGCUGCUAUGAGUCGCUGGACGGGGGCAACACUGGGGAUGCGGUGGUGGAUUUCAGUGGAGCUGUGGCAGAGGCCAUUAACCUUGAGGCUGAAGCUUUCCACAAAGACCAGGAGAGAAUGGACAAACUGUUUGAGGACCUGUUCAAAGUCUUCGACAGGGAUGGAAUAAUCAGCUGCUCCAUCAAGGUUUGUCUUUUCAAUUGAUCAUUUUCAAUUGGUCAGCACACUAUAGUCACAGGUAAUUGUGUAUAGUAGACACAAGUGACUGUCUACUGUGCUUGGACCACUUUUAGGCGUCUCCUUCUGAAAUCGAGGCACGGAUGGCGUGUGGGCUGGUGAAGGGCCAUGCUUACUCAGUGACUGCAGUGAAGAAAGUACGGUUGGGCCACGGGCUGGUGGCCUACUUCCAGAACGAGACCAUCCCCCUGAUCCGCAUGAGGAACCCUUGGGGAAAGACUGAGUGGAACGGAGCCUGGAGUGACAGGUGAGGAGGACAUGGAGCCUUUAUCCUCCACACUCGCGUACUGUUCAACCUCUCCACACUUCAGUGCACAAGUGACCUCAUCAACUCAUUAUCUCAUUGUCCCUCUAUUUCCUGUUGCCCCUCCCCCUCUCCUACUUCAGCUCAGAAGAAUGGAAAAAGGUUGGCAGCAUGGAGAGGAAUAAGCUUGGCAUCACAGUGGAAGAUGAUGGGGAGUUCUGGUGAGUGUAACAAAACAAUUAAAGGCUAUUAUCUCUUCUGUUCAGCGUGUGAGAGUGUUUUAUCUAUCUACCCAUGUUCAUUUGUGUCUCUCUGUGUGUGUGUGUUACUGUAUCUUCGUAGGAUGGCGUUUAGAGACUGGUGUAAGUACUUCACAGAUGCAGACGUGUGUCAUCUCAUCAACACCUCCCUACUCACCAUCGACAAGACAUGGAACGAAGUGAUGAUUUUUGGGAGUUGGACCAAGAAUGCAGAGCCUCUGCACAACCGCUGUGGAGGCUGCAUGAACCACAAACAGACAUUCUUACAGAACCCCCAGUACCUGUUUGAGGUGACCAAGGAAGUGAAUGAGGUUCUGAUCUCCCUACAGCAGAGAGACAUGAAGAUCCACAGACGUAUCGGCCAGGGAGAGAACCUCACCAUCGGCUUCGCCAUCUUCAAGGUAGUUCAUAUUAACACCCUCUAAGAAUUACUAGUGGGAUUGGGGUGAGAAACUGGGCCGGUGAGGGUCUGCCUAAGAGACAGGGUGUGCAUCUGGGGCGUUGGUCCAACUUCAGUUCAUUUUAGGGGAGAGGUUCUCUGCGCUACAUGUUUGGCUUCCUCCUCUGUAAACAAAUUUGGCUCAAUCAAUGGAAUUUCAAUUUUCUCUCUUCAUCAGUUGAACAAACAGCGAAUAAACCAGUGAGUCAAAUAAAAUAAAAUGUAAUUUGUCACAUGCGCCGAAUACAACUGGUGUAGACCUUACAGUGAAAUGCUUACAAGCCCUUAAUCAACAAUUCAGUUUUAAGAAAAAUAAGUGUUAAGUAAAAAAUGGAUAAGUAAAAAUAAAAAUAAAUAAAAAAUAGAAAAAUAAAAAAUUAUUAAAGAGCAGCAGUAAAAUAACAGUAGCAAGGCUAUAUACAGGGGGUACCGGUACAGAGUCAAUGUGCGGGGUCACAGGUUAGUCGAGGUAAUUGUGGGUAGAGGUAAAGUGACUAUGCAGUGUUUACAAUAAUGGGUAGACAUUACUUAUAAUGGCCGCAUUGGCUUGUUCAUAUCAGGGACACAAACUUUCAACAAGACCUAGAUCUGAUCAAGCUGUAACAACAACCAUUGGGGAACAGUCAUGGUGAGAAAUUAUUUCUUUUGAUUUAAGGUUGAACUGAAUAGGAAAUACCGCAUGCAUGACAUCAUCACCCAGCUUAACGUGCAAUCUACGACGUACAUCAACGCCCGCACAGUGUUCAUGAGGGGCAUGUUCCCCAAGGGCCGUUACAUCAUCAUCCCCUCCACCUUCAAACCGGAGAUUCUGGGAGAGUUCAUGCUGCGUGUUUACACUAACGUAGACUCAGGAUGCAGGUACUGGAAAUAGAUCUGUGGCAUAGCUAAAAUAUCAUUUACAUGUAGUAACACACUUCAGUAUGAUAUCUUAUCUAUGCAGAAUACCAUUACUUUAGCAUUACUGUAAAUCGCUCUCUCUCUCCCUCUCUCAGAGAGCUAACAGAACACCAGCCCAGCAUAAAGUGUUGGAGUGCAUUGACUGGCUAUCCUAUUGCCGUGUCCCAGAUCUACGUCCAUGGAGCAGAGGGGCUGGAGAUCCAGGACAGCAAAGGGGGUGAGAGAAUGCUCCACAACCUCUAAUUAAAACUAUCUCAUACAUUACAGGGAAAUGUUUCAACAUUGCCUAAUGAAUGGUUCAUAAUGUGUCAUUGUACAGGCGCAGAUCCAUAUGUGAUCGUGUCCUGUGAGGGCUGCUCAGUACAGUCAACAGUCAAGGCAGACACCGUGAAGCCGGUGUUUGAUACCAGAGCAAUCUUCUACAGGAAGAAGACCACAAAGCCAAUCACUGUGGAGGUAAGAUACAGUUGAAGUCGGAAGUUUACAUACAGUGAGGGAAAAAAGUAUUUGAUCCCCUGCUGAUUUUGUACUUUUGCCCACUGAUGAAGAAAUGAUCAGUCUAUAAUUUUAAUGGUAGGUUUAUUUGAACACUGAGAGACAGAAUAACAACAACAAAAUCCAGAACAAAUGCAUGUCAAAAAUGUUAUAAAUUGAUUUGCAUUUUAAUGAGGGAAAUAAGUAUUUGACCCCCUCUCAAUCAGAAAGAUUUCUGGCUCCCAGGUGUCACGAUCGUCGUAAGGAGUAGACCAAGGCGCAGCGUGAUGAACGAACAUGUUUAUUUAUCUUUAGUGAUAAAUACGGACAAACAACAAAACAACAAACGACUCGUGAAGUCCACGGUACAAACACAACCUGCGAGUGGCAGGAACAGGCCGGACCGGGCUGGCGACGCGCACCGUACAUUUUGUGCGAGGGGCCGUAACAGGCCGGACCGUACUGGGGACACACACCACUGGCUCUACCCCGGGAUCUGGAACGGGCCGGACCGGACUGGUAACACACCCCAGUACCUCUCGCCGUGCCUCUAAACCUUCUUUCCCUACUUUGACCAGUGGCCCCCGUAACCUGGUGGCCUUCUGAAUACGCCCCUUUUCUGCCUCCGUCAGCCCCGUCGUCCAUGCCCUGUGCCCCCCCCUAAAUUUUUUUUGGGGUUGCCUCUCCACCGUCCGACGACGACACUGAUCACGCCGUUGCUCCUCUCUCCGUCGCCUCUCUACUGUCUCACUCCAUGGCCGGCGAUCCAUCCCGGCCAGGAUUUCCUCCCAGGUCCAGGACCCCUGCCCGUCUAAGAUCUGCUCCCACGUCCAGGCCGCCUGCUCCUGGACACGCUGCUUGGUCCUGUGAUGGUGGGUUCUUCUGUCACGAUCGUCGUAAGGAGUAGACCAAGGCGCAGCGUGAUGAACGAACAUGUUUAUUUAUCUUUAGUGAUAAAUACGGACAAACAACAAAACAACAAACAACUCGUGAAGUCCACGGUACAAACACAACCAACUGGAACAAGAACCCACAAACACAAAGGGAAAACAGACAGUUUAAAUAUGGCUCCCAAUCAGAGACAACCAGCCACAGCUGACACUCGUUGCCUCUGAUUGGGAGUCACUCAGGCCAACAUAGAAACAGAACAACUAGAACUCCCAACAUAGAAAUACAUCACAUAGAAUGAACACACCCUGGCUCAACAUAUAGAGUCCCAGAGCCAGGGUGUGACACCAGGUGUCUUUUAUACAGGUAACGAGCUGAGAUUAGGAGCACACUCUUAAAGGGAGUGCUCCUAAUCUCAGCUUGUUACCUGUAUAAAAGACACCUGUCCACAGAAGCAAUCAAUCAAUCAGAUUCCAAACUCUCCACCAUGGCCAAGACCAAAGAGCUCUCCAAGGAUGUCAGGGACAAGAUUGUAGACGUACACAAGGCUGGAAUGGGCUACAAGACCAUCGCCAAGCAGCUUGGUGAGAAGGUGACAACAGUUGGUGCGAUUAUUCGCAAAUGGAAGAAACACAAAAUAACUGUCAAUCUCCCUCGGCCUGGGGCUCCAUGCAAGAUCUCACCUCGUGAAUUUGCAAUGAUUAUGAGAACGGUGAGGAAUCAGCCCAGAACUACACGGGAGGAUCUUGUCAAUGAUCUCAAGGCAGCUGGGACCAUAGUCACCAAGAAAACAAUUGGUAACACACUACGCCGUGAAUGUCUGAAAUCCUACAGCGCCCGCAAGGUCCCCCUGCUCAAGAAAGCACAUAUACAGGCCCGUCUGAAGUUUGCCAAUGAACAUCUGAAUGAUUCAGAGGAGAACUGGGUAAAAGUGUUGUGGUCAGAUGAGACCAAAAUCGAGCUCUUUGGCAUCAACUCAACUCGCCGUGUUUGGAGGAGGAGGAAUGCUGCCUAUGACCCCAAAAACACCAUCCCCACCGUCAAACAUGGAGGUGGAAACAUUAUGCUUUAGGGGGUGUUUUUCUGCUAAGGGGUCAGGACAACUUCACCACAUGAAAGGGACGAUGGACGGGGCCAUGUACCGUCAAAUCUUGGGUGAGAACCUCCUUCCCUCAGCCAGGGCAUUGAAAAAGGGUUGUGGAUGGGUAUUCCAGCAUGACAAUGACCCAAAACACACGGCCAAGGCAACAAAGGAGUGGCUCAAGAAGAAGCACAUUAAGGUCCUGGAGUGGCCUAGCCAGUCUCCAGACCUUAAUCCCAUAGAAAAUAUGUGGAGGGAGCUGAAGGUUCGAGUUGCCAAACGUCAGGCUCGAAACCCUAAUGACUUGGAGAAGAUCUGCAAAGAGGAGUGGGACAAAAUCCCUCCUGAGAUGUGUGCAAACCUGGUGGCCAACUACAAGAAACGUCUGACCUCUGUGAUUGCCAGCAAGGGUUUUGCAACCAAGUACUAAGUCAUGUUUUGCAGAGGGGUCAAAUACUUAUUUCCCUAAUUAAAAUGCAAAUCAAUUUAUAACAUUUUUGACAUGCGUUUUUCUGGAUUUCUUUGUUGUUAUUCUGUCUCUCACUGUUAAAAUAAACCUACCAUUAAAAUUAUAGACUGAUCAUGUCUUUGUUAGUGGGCAAACGUACAAAAUCAGCAGGGGAUCAAAUACUUUUUUCCCUCACUAUACACCUUAGCCAAAUACAUUUAAACUCAGUUCUUUCACAAUUCCUGACAUUUAAUAGUAAAAAAAUAAUUCCCUGUCUUAGGUCAGUUAGGAUCGCCACUUUAUUUUAAAAAUGUGAAAUGUCAGAAUAAUAGUAGAGAGAAUGAUUUAUUUCAGCUUUUAUUUAUUUCAUCACAUUCCCAGUGGGUCAGAAGUUUACAUACACUCAAUUAGUAUUUGGUAGCAUUGCCUUUAAAUUGUUUAACUUGGGUCAAACAUUUCGGGUAGCCUUCCACAAGCUUCCCACAAUAAGUUGGGUGAAUUGUGGCCCAUUCCUCCUGACAGAGCUGGUGUAACUGAGUCAGGUUUGUAGGCCUCCUUGCUCGCACACGCUUUUUCAGUUCUGCCCACAAAUGUUCUAUAGGAUUGAGGUCAGGGCUUUGUGAUGGCCACUCCAAUACCUUGACUUUGUUGUCCUUAAGCAAUUUUGCCACAACUUUGGAAGUAUGUUUUGGGUCAUUGUGUACCCUCACAGCAUGAUGCCGCCACCCCCGUGCUUCACGGUUGGGAUGGUGUUCUUCAGCUUGCAACCACCCCUUUUUUCCUCCAAACAUAACAAUGGUCAUUAUGGCCAAACAGUUCUAUUUUUGUUACAUCAGACCAGAGGACAUUUUUCCAAAAAGUACGAUCUUUGUCCCCAUGUGCAGUUGCAAACCGUAGUCUGGCUUUUUUAUGGCGGUUUUGGAGCAGUGGCUUCUUCCUUGCUGAGCGGCCUUUCAGAUUAUGUCGAUAUAGGACUUGUUUUACUGUGGAUAUAGAUACUUUUGUACCUGUUUCCUCCAGCAUCUUCACAAGGUCCUUUGCUGUUGUUCUGGGAUUGAUUUGCACUUUUCGCACCAAAGUACGUUCAUCUCUAGGAGACAGAACACGUCUCCUUCCUGAGCGGUAUGACGGCUGCAUGGUCCUAUGGUGUUUAUACUUGCGUACUAUUGUUUGUACAGAUGAACGUAGUACCUUCAGGCGUUUGGAAAUUGCUCCUAAGGACGAAUCAGACUUGUGGAGGUCUACCAUUUUUUUCUGAGGAAUUGGCUGAUUUCUUUUGAUUUUCCUAUGAUGUCAAGCAAAGAGGCACUGAGGUUGAAGGUAGGCCUUGAAAUACACCCACAGGUACACCUCCAAUUGACUCAAAUGAUGUCAAUUAGCCUAUCAGAAGCUUCUAUAGCCAUGAUAUCAUUUUCUGGAAUUUUCCAAGCUGUUUAAAGGCACAGUCAACUUAGUGCAUGUACAUUUCUGACCCACUGGAACUGUGAUAGAGUGAAAUAUAAGUGAAAUAAUCUGUCUGUAAACAAUUGUUGGAAAAAUUACUUGCCAAAACUAUCGUUUGUUAACAAUAAAUUUGUGGAGUGGUUGAAAAACGAGUUUUAAUGACUCCAUCCUAAGUGUAUGUAAACUUCCGACAUCAACUGUAUACAGUAUGGGGGUCAAAGACCAUCACUAACAAUGGGCUGGGAAAAUAAACUGACUAGUGAAUUGUAACAUUUAGGUCAGAAAUUAGGGCCGGAUUCAAUCUGUAUCGCCGCACUUCAGCACUACAGUGCGCUUGAAAUUUAAAGGUAAAUUCCGAUUGAGCCGACACAUGCAGAGAUUACCGUGAAUGCAGUUUCCGCUAACGCAGGAACAGUGCCUUUGAAUAUAAAUCGGGAUACAACGCCAAACUUCAGCGCUACGGAUUGAAUACAGCCCUUCAAUGGAUGGUCAGAUGUUGUUCAUGUAAAACCUUGGUCUUAAAUGUUCUCCACCUCUGUCCUCCAUCUCCCCUCUUCGUCCUCCUCCCCAGGUGUGGAACAGUAAUGCUGUGAAGGACCAGUUCCUGGGCCAGGUGGUUCUGACAGGCUCAGUCAAUGACUCCACCGACCCCCAGAGGCUCCAGCUGAGGAAGAGGGGUAGAGCCAUGGCCGACGAGAUGCCUGGCUUCAUCACCCUCCGCAUUGUCACCUGCACCGAGCUCACAGACAUGUGACCUGGAUCAGCUGACUACUACCUGGGACACAUUGAUAGUGUUUACAACACUCUGUCGCCUCGGACACUUUGGACAGGGGCUCAGCACUACAAGACAUAAAGUUAUCACUCAGAAUGACUAUCAAUGUGAGCUUACAAUAUAUUCUACUAAGGACUGCCAUGGACCAAGAAGUACCUUCAAGCCUUCUGGAGUUUUGUUUGUUCUUAUAGCAUUAGUUUUGAGUGUUUUGUAAAGAGACAAGACAUUCAUUUUUGAAAGAUGAAUAACUGUGAAAAAGUAAGAAUAUAAUAAUUUUCUACUAGACUAUACACUAUGAAACAUAAUAACUCUUCAAAGUGAUAUGCAUACUGUAUCUGUAUACAACAUUAUGCAACUUAUACAUUCCAAUAACAUGUUUGUUAUCAUAUACAAAUAUAAGUGCCUCUUUUGAUAUUGCUGAAAAACAGCCAAAAGGCUUCAGUAUUUGCUACAAAAUAUUGGAAAGUCUUGAAAGACCUGAAUGUAUCUAGAGUGUAAGUUUUGAACCAUGGUCAUCAAUUUGUGUCGUUCCACUGAACAACUUGAAAUGCCUAAAGUGUAUGUACUGCCUCUAAACUAUCGUACUCCCUUGCUCAAAAUGACUUGCCACGUAGUCCCUCCCUACUGACAACAAAGAAAAAUACAUCCAUUCAAACCGAAAAGUAAUUUUACAAUGUUUUUUUUUGGUUUAAAUUUAUUUUAUUUCAGUUCAGUUCCCAAACUGCAGUAUUUUGUUGUUUUACACUCAAGACACAGCCAUGCACAAUUCAGAAUUCAAAAAAGUAUGUUGCUUUAACCACAAUUAAAAAUAGCAUAUCCAAAACCUUAGUUUUCCCCAGUCGCUUUUUCUCUUCUGUCCUUUUCCAAAGAUGGGGCUUGCUGAGGUUCACCAGAUGGCUCAGCAGUUUACAAACCCAGAUAAUAAUCAUUUUAAAGAAACGCUUUUUUGUCUUUGUUCCGUUCUCAUGAUACACAUUAAUAGAGGAAUUUUCACACCACGUGUACAGGUUUACACAUUCAGAAGAGAGGAAUGUACAGGAUCGACCGUGGAAGAGGAGCGGGCUGGCGGGGAGGGGAGGGGAGGGGCAGGGCAGCUAGCUGUCCCAGAGUUCAUCUU